AUGCCGCUGGAGGGGCGACAGGAUCUCAUGAAGCUCCUGCGUUCCGGGGAGGUGGACGAGGAAGAUCUCUUGGAGUGUCUUCGUGAUGACGUCAGAGGGCGCGACCCCUUGGAGGACAAAGGAGAUCAUGCUGCACACCAGAAGGACAAGGACUGGUGGACGCCUUUGCACUGGGCGGCCCAGGAUGGCCACGAGCGCCUCGUUGAGAAGCUCCUCGGCCUCCGCGUCAGCACCAAUGCAGCCGAUAUUUGCGGAGCCACGCCUCUGAUGAUCGCUGCCUUCAAUGGGCGGACGCGGAUUAUCGAGGCUUUGCUUCGUGAUCGGUCCACUGAUGUGCGGCAGACCAACAAGUACCUUGGCACUGCGCUCCACUACGCUGCGCAGCGUGGCCACGCUGCCGCCGUGGAGCUUCUCAUCGACGCCCGGGCCGAGGACCCGCUGCGCUUGAACUCCGUCUUUCUUCGCUUGCAAGAUAACAAAGGCAACGGCGAUUAUGGUGCUUGGGGCCGGGUCCCAACAUGGGACGGGUCCCCUCUUUCCUGGAGGACGUUCCGCCGCGAGAUGUCAUGGUGGAUGUCGAGUUUGGACUCGGCUUCCACCAUGAAGUACAAUCUGGCUGCCAGAUGGCUCUUGAGACAGUCAGGGAUAGUCCGGCAGAGGGGCGAGGAGUUUAGAUUUGAAGACCUCGCCUUUCAGCCAACCCAUGAAUUCGUGGAUCCAGAGACGGGAGAGUCUUUCGAGGUGACUCCGGCCGAUCCCUUUUUCGGCCUCAACAAGCUUCUUAAAGCCCUCGAAUCCAUGAAUGGCCAGAGCACUCUGGACAAGCGAGGUGAAUUAAGGACCGCCGUCGCGGACCUGAAGGCCGAAGGGGUGGUGCUACCGGACCCCGAGGACUACCACCAGAUCGAAGCCGAGUGCCUGACAGUGCCUCCAGACCUCGGCUACAGGGCAGCCUCGCGGGACAGCUUUAUGCAACUUAAGACGCUGAGUGACAACACAAACCUCCUCCGGACGAAGACAGGCAUCAAAUUGCUGCCGCAUGUCAAGCAAGCGACCCUCGGAGUCACGGAUGCGAACAGCAUCCCGCCAGGCUUCGAAGCAACUGCCGCAUUGACACGGCCCAGCCAGAAGGUUGCGACUUGGGACCUGUGCAGCUGGUCGUCCAAGGCGCUGUUCAAAUUCAGCGUCAUCGCCGAAGCAGAAAAGAACAAAG